UCAACCUUGUGUCCUCUCAUACACACGCUCACGCUCCGACACAGUAGUCACACACUAAAUAUCGAAAGAGAAGCCUUCAGCUUCCUGACCUUGACUUUUCUCCUCUUCUUCCACCAUGUCCAUCGCACGAUCCGCGUUCACAUUAAACCCUCUCAUCACACACUAAUCCUCUCACACCGUGCUUUGUUCCUUCAUUCACAAAACUUCAUCCCCUUUCUCACAAUUAAUUCAGCUUCAAAUAAUCUAAUCUAAAACCGAAACCCUUAUAUUAUCACCAAUGCAUUUGCUUUCGCAAUAUUUGCGAUCGGUAUAAUUGGAGAUCACCGUACGGAAAAAAGGAACACACGCGGUAGGUGAAGCGAAAGCGAAAGAGGUAAGUUAGUUUGUUAGGGUUUCGACGAGAUGGAAUCGUCACCGUCGUCUUCGUCUUCGUCGAUGUCGUCGUCGUCUGGAAGCGAUACCAGCGGUGGUGGUGGUGGUGGCGCUGUCACCUGGUUCGGGAUGAGUUUCCCAUUCCGUUCUCCGCUAUCUCUCGUCAUGGAUUACUGCGCGCGCGAGGAUUCCGCGGAGCCUGUGAUUAUCAUUCCCCGCACGCGCCCUCGGUUUCAGGCGCAUGCCGAAUCCGCCUCUGCUUCGUCCUCUGAUUCCGAUGAGAAUGCCUGCAACGGCGCUGCUGAGGAGGUUGCGAUACGCAUAAUUGGGGCCGGCGAGCAGGAGAGCGGUUCGUCGCCAUCGUCGUCGUCGAGGGGCCGGGGAGGGGAGCCGGGUUGUGAGGAGGCGGUGGUUGGGAGGAGUGGGAUGCUUUCGUCGGAGGCUCGCCGGCGAAUGGCGGAGGAAAGGGUGCCUUUGGUGUCUUUGGAUGAUGGGAUUGGUGGCGUUAGGGAAUCUUCCUCUUCUUCUUCUUCUUCUUCUUCCUCUUCUUCAUCGUCCUCUACUUACCAGAGGUAUGAUAUUCAGCAGGUUGCGAAGUGGAUUGAGCAGAUUCUACCGUUUUCUCUCUUGUUGCUGAUUGUUUUCAUCCGCCAACAUUUGCAAGGUUUCUUUGUCACAAUUUGUAUAUCAGCUGUGAUGUUCAAGUCAAAUGAAAUUGUUAAGAAGCAGACUGCCCUGAAGGGAGAUCGGAAAGUCUCUGUUCUUCUUGGUAUCUCUUUUGCCUUUGUGCUGCAUGUGAUAAGCAUUUACUGGUGGUAUCAAAAUGAUGAUCUUUUAUACCCACUGGCCAUGCUUCCACCAAAAACACCACCACCUUUCUGGCAUACAAUAUUCAUCAUUUUGGUUAAUGAUACAUUGGUGCGGCAAGCAGCGAUGGCUUUCAAAUGUUUGUUGCUUAUUUACUACAAAAAUGGAAGAGGCCAUAACUUCCGUCGGCAGGGUCAAAUGUUAACUUUGAUUGAGUAUACUCUGCUGCUGUAUCGUGCUUUGUUGCCAACACCAGUUUGGUACCGAUUUUUCUUGAACAAGGAUUAUGGAAGUCUCUUUUCCUCAUUGACUACAGGAUUGUAUCUAACUUUCAAGCUAACAUCAGUAGUUGAGAAGGUCCAAUGCUUUGUUUCUGCCUUAAAAGCAUUAUCAAAAAAGGAAGUUCAUUAUGGGGUUUAUGCCACAACGGAACAGGUGAAUGCUGCUGGUGACUUGUGUGCUAUAUGCCAGGAGAAGAUGCAGGCUCCCAUAUUGUUGAGCUGUAAACACAUGUUCUGUGAGGAGUGUGUAUCUGAAUGGUUUGAGAGAGAACGAACUUGCCCAUUAUGCAGGGCAUUGGUAAAACCAGCUGAUCUGCGGACCUUUGGAGAUGGAUCAACAAGUCUGUUUUUUCAGUUGUUUUAAGCUCAUUUUCUUUGGCUUGUUGGGUCAUGUUUUUGAGUCAAAAUCUUCCUGGAAAAUGUCACCUCUGGUUUGGUAAAAUUUUCCAUUAAUGAAAUUGAGAUCGAUAAAAGAAUGAAGAUAUAUAAUAUAUAUAUAUAUAUGGCCAAAGUAUACAAGUUCAUUCUAGUGUAAUGAGGUCAGAUGUUCAGAGGGCUAUAGACAGCUGACAUUAUACCGAAAUCCGCGUGGAUCUCUUAACCUGAUAUUCGUCACGUCACACAAUGGAUACUCUUGUUUAUAAUGUUACAUUUCAAAUUAAUUUCCCUCUUCCUCCCAUACUAACCUGUAGGGAUUACUUCUACAGGUAUACCGUAUACGUUGGUAAAUUUAUUUGAGCAAGUUGACAUAUUUUAUUAAAUAAAUGUUUAUCAACGUUGAAUUUUGUCAA